AUGUCUUCAGGAUGGGCUAGCCUGCCUCCAGAAAUCCGGAUUCUUAUUCUACGAGUCCUGAUACAAGACGGUUGCAAACUGAGUCGCUUGGCCACCGUGUCUCGAGAGUGGCAAACAGAGCUUGAGAAAUAUAACUUCGCCCGAAUCAAAGGGACACCAUCUCGUCUCGUCGAUUUUGGUUCGAUGAUUCAUCGCAAUCGGGCUCUCGUCAACUAUAUCUGGUUCUGCUUGGAAGUUGAUGGCUAUGAUUGCACCACAUGUGCCCCUGGCCUCCAUGGAAGGCUCCCAGACGAGGAGUACGAAGCGGCAAUCAUUAUUCAGGAUGCAGAUGGCUGUCCGAUCCCCACGGCAUUCCAGAAUCUGUUCUCGGUUCUAAGCACAUGGGGCCUUAACGGCGACUUGGUACUCGAUAUUAGUAUCUACUCGCCUAGUGACUCCAAACAUUGGUUCCCAUAUCUGACCUUUAUGCCCGAUAUCGCUUCAGAUAUGCUGGGUGGUGGUAUAGAGCAGACAAUAUCAAACAAAGACUACAAUGAUCCUCAACACGGCUGGGUUGCUGGUUUUCGACACUCCGCUCCGCCUCGUACGGCUAUUUACAAAGUUUUUCAUGGCGUUAUGGAGGAGGGACCGUUUGCUACUGAUGAAUUAGAGCUCCAAUGGUGGGAUCAGCUUCCAUCAAUCCCGGCGGUAACCAGUCUACUUCUCCGGCAACAGAACCGCCGGAGAUGGAAGCCGCACUCGCUUGCACAUAUGUUCGCCCGUUUCCCCAGACUCCAGGAAGUCCACUACGAGCCCUGGAGGGAAUGGGGCCUGAUGCAGAGGGGUACAGAUAUAAGUUUCCACUAUCUUUUCAAGUAUAUCCCACGAUUCAACAGGAAUCUCAAGAGACUUGUGGUUUUCGAGAACUUCAAUCAACAGUAUCCACCGAUCAUGCAGCGAUUCCAGUUCGGAGAAGACAUAGCCGAAUGUGACAGCCUUCGCAGCCCAGCCCCAGCUGUAAGUCAUAUGAUCGCACUCGCCAGCCUCAAGCUUGAGCAUCUCGCAGCAUCCUUCAUCGUAGAUGCUAGCGAUUUCUUUAAGAUCGAACCCUCUUGGGAGUGGUCAAAUCUAAGCUCGAUCGUGCUUACUUCAAAUUUACUUGCGCCCGAACAUCCGAUUGAGAUCGGAGAUAUGCUUCGGGCAGCGGCGGCAGCGGCUACAAAGAUGUCACGACUGGAAACCAUGGAGAUCUGGAACGGAAGACAGGGGUUGGCGGCACUCUUCAAGUAUCAGGUGUUCCACGAUAGACACGAAGCUACAAUCACUUGGAGAGGUACAUGGCAAUUGACCAUGGAACCAUCUAUCCUCCAGGCUUGGGAAGCCGUCAUACAUCAGCAUGACUGUUGCAGACUCGAUUCUGUUCAGGAACAGCUGGAUGUAGCUGUUAUCAAGUCUCACGGUGAUGCAAUUCACCAUCUAAUGCUGUCAAGCCCGGUCAUUCGGCCUAUCUCGUUACAGCAAAUUCAGAGGGAACAGAAAUUUCUAGAGGGCGUGCCGACCUUACCUUCAAGAAGAAGUCUUGCUGGAGGUUGA